GUUGUCGCGGAGAGGCGCCUCCAGGCUGCCUCAACGACGUUGGGGUUUCUCCGGCCAUGCCGUCGGCGGCGCCAGCCCACGCGGUGUUCUUCCCGUACCCGGCACAGGGCCACGUCGCGGCGGCGCUGCACCUGGCUCGGCUCCUGCAUGCGAGGGCCGGCAUCCGCGUCACCUUCGUCCACUCCGAGCGCAACCGCCGCCGGGUAGCCCGCUCCCGCGGCGAGGCCGCGCUCGCCGGUGCGCGGGGGUUCCGCUUCGCGGCCGUCCCCGACGGCCUGCCGUUGGAACACGAUGACUACGGCCCGCCGGACACGCUAGCCCUGCUCCUGUCCAUCGAGGCCGGGGCCUUCGUCCCGCACUUCAAGAAGAUCCUCGAGGAGGAGGCAGCCGCCUCGGGGGCUCCGGCCACCUGCGUCGUCUCCGACGUCGACCUCGCCUUGCUCGCUGCCAAGGACAUGGGCCUCCCGGCCGUGGCGUUCUGGACGCCGAGCGCGUGCGCGCUCAUGGCGUCGCUCCAGUGCAAGGAACUCGUCGACCGAGGCAUAGUUCCACUCAAAGAUGCUGAGCAGCUCAGCAAUGGCUACCUCGACCGCACGGUGGUCGACUGGGUGCCGGGGAUGCCGGCCGACAUGCGCCUCCGCGACUUCGUCAGCUUCGUCCGCACGACGGACCCCGACGACGCCGUGCUCGGCCUCGUCGUGUCCAGCAUGGAGCGCCUUCGGACCGCGUCGUCCGCCGUCAUCCUCAACACGUUCGACGCGCUGGAGGGCGAGGUCAUCGCCGCCCUGUCGCGCAUCGUUCCGCCCAUCUACACGGUCGGCCCACUCCCCCAGCUCGCCGGGGCGUCGGCGGCGUCACAUGUCGACCCGCCGCCGGCCGCCGCCGAAGACGCAUCGGGCGGCCUGGCCGCCAGUUUCUGGCUGGAGGACGGCGGAUGCCUCGAGUGGCUCAGGAGAAGGCGGCCUCGCUCCGUCCUGUACGUCAACUUCGGCAGCAUCGUUUGCCUGACGAGCCAGCAGCUAGUGGAGCUCGCAUGGGGGCUCGCUGCCAGCGGCCACGACUUCCUGUGGGUGAUCAGAGACGACCAGGCUAAAGUCGCCGCCGGCGGCGGCGGCGACGGCGACGACGCCAUCGCCAUGCUACCUGUGGAGCUCAGGGAGACGGUCAAAGGGAAGGGUUACCUGACAAGCUGGUGUCCCCAGGAGGCGGUGCUCCGGCACGACGCCAUCGGAGCGUUCCUGACGCACUGCGGGUGGAACUCCAUGCUCGAGGCGGUCGCCAAUGGCGUGCCCAUGCUGUGCUACCCCAUGGGCGCCGACCAGCAGACAAACUGCCGGUACGCCUGCACGGAGUGGCGCGUCGGCGUGGAGGUCGGCGACGGCAUCGAGAGGGGAGAGGUGGCGAGGAUGGUGAGGGAGGUACUGGGACAAGAGGGUGAGAGAGGCAAGGAGAUGAGGCAGCGUGCCAUGGGAUGGAAGGAGAGGGCGGCCAUGGCGGUGGUGCCCGGUGGAACCUCGUGGGUCAACUUUGAGAGGUUAGUCAACGAGGUAUUUUCUCCCGGCCGUAACAACCCGUGAAGACCCUUUGGAUAUUUACUGCUUCUCGAAGUAUGUUCCAUGUGGUCCAUCCAAAUAUUUUAAAUACAAGUAAUAUGGCCAGAAUAUGUAUACGUUGCUGGCCGUCCUCGAACUGCCUCCGUUUCCAAUUACAAUCAUUUUUCAGUUUUUACGUAUAAUAU